AAACACUAUUUCAUAUGGCCACUUCAGCUGAUUGUAGUCUAAGCCUAGACUGCAGCUUUGAUUCAACCGUCUCACGAUCUAUAUUCUUACCUCCUCCUAGACCCUUUCCAUCUAACCUCCAAACACACACUAUAUAAAUCGCAGCUAUGCGAUCAACAAUUCUGCAGCUCUUACUGUUCCUUAUCAGCCUUCCCUCCUCAUCUCUCUCCGCAAGCUACUCAAAGAAAGAACCUCCAGGCAAAGAUGCCAUCCUCCUCUCCCGAGUCCACUCCCUCACGCUGCGUGGUGGCGGCAGACUCACUAGAGCUCGGCGCGUGUCGCCCAUCCCCCAACUGAAAUGCGUCGGUCCGUCCAAGCGCAUAUGCAAUAUGUACGAGAUAGAUUCAAUGAGAUGCAUCAACGACGGCUACGGUUACGACGAGGAGGACGUCCAGUGGACCUGCACGGCAUCACUCCCCGGUGAGUUCAAGCUUGGUUCUACAGACGUCGUGUGCGAAGGUUACCGAAACGCCGAUGAUCCCUAUGUCCUGAAGGGAAGUUGUGGCGUAGAAUACCGGCUGCUCCUGACCGAGCUGGGCGAGCAGAAAUUUGGACAAGGAUCGUUUGAUGAGGAUAACUGGUGGCGAAGCCUGAAGCAUGGGUGGGAAAACAAGGAUUCAGAGUCGACCCUGACGCUGUUUGGCAACCUUGUCUUCUGGGGUAUUUUCCUCGUCGUCUUUCUGUACAUUGUAGUUGGGCUGGUAAGGCAGUGUCUUGGGUGGCGGCGAGGCCAGCCGCAACCUGGUCGUCGUUGGGGUUGGGGUGGUGACGGCGGCGAUGAUGGAGGGCCGUAUCCUGGUGGACCUCCCCCCCCUUACAGCAGCAACCCGUUCUACAGUUUUGCUGGGAAGGAGAAGUACGAGCAAUCGAUACAGCUCGCCGUAUCCGCGGGGCCGCAGAUAUGGUUCCAGCGAAGGGAGCUCGUCAUCGUCCCCUGCCCGUUUCUCAACGCCGUCCACAAGCACAGGAUUCGGUUCGACAAGGCGCAGAUGAUCGCCUACUUCGCUAACAUGGUUCUCAUUUUGUACGUCUGA